AUAAUAAAGUUUCCACAGUGGGUUUGUUUCCAGCUGCUGAACUAUAAAACCUGAGAACUGAGAACAGACCUAAUCUGGAUCCAACGAGAAGAUCUAAAGAUGAGACGAGUCCUCGUUUUACUGGCUGUGUUGUGGGUGUGUGAAGGCGUUAAGUUCGGUCAGAUCUGUGAAGGAAACCCGAGCAACACCAGGAGGACGUCGGACGUACACGGAAAUGGAAACUAUGGAGCCAGACGGCAAGGAGGUAGAACACAUGACGGUGUGGACGUCAUCUGCAGGGACGGAUCAGUCGUCUAUGCUCCGUUUGACGGGACCAUCCGUCGAAAACUCAUCGUCUACGGAGACCCCGCCAAGGCCGCCAUCGACCAGGGCCUAGAAAUGGAAGGAGGGGGUUUGCGUUUCAAGAUGUUCUACGUGAGGCCAGACAAAUCAUCUGGAGCAGUGAUGAAGGGCCAGAGGAUCGGCGUCAUGCUGCCCAUGCAGAGUGUUUACCCUAGAAUCACUUCACACGUCCACGUGGAGCUGACCAACAAGAGAGACCCCACGCCAUACUUCUGAUCCGUCCUCUUCAGACCCGAUUUACCCACGACUUCUACAAAAAUGAAGACAAAAAUGUUUGACACUUUUAAAGUUGACCCACCCAGUGUUGAAUUAUAACAACCUGUCAUGUUCAUCAACUAAAAGAAAGUUCAAUAAAACCGAAUUCUCUCUUUA